AGGCGGCGGCAGCAGCAGCAGCAGCAAGAGGAACAAGGCGGUAGCGGAACGCGGCUUGGGAGGCAAGGCGGCAGCUUCAGCCCCACCGGCUGGGGCAGAGGCAGGAGUCCAAGGGAGGACGCAGUCCACCCUUCUCCCUGGGAAGAGGGGUCCCAGCGAGGGAGAUCGGCCCGGGGAGAGCUGGAGAAGGUGAGAGAAAGUGCCCCGCGGUGCGCACGGAGAGGAGCCGGCCAGGAAGGGGGUGCGCAGGUGAAAGCUGAAGCUGCAGAAGCGGGCGGCAGCAUUGGAGGCGGCGCUCCGGGCCCGAGCAGCGGGCGCCCGGCACAAGAGAGACGCCCCCCACCUCAAGCGGGACUCUGUGAAAAGCGGCCGGGCGGCUCUGCAGUCUCUGGAGCCAUUCUUACGUUAAAGGUGUCGCAUAACUGGCCAGGACUGCGCACUUGGAUGGAAGCAAUGAAGCCGGGGAGGUUUAAAGUUCCCCUCCCCGCUGACUCUACAAUAGGCGCAUAUAUGCAACCUUUUCUACCAGGAUUUAUUCUGGAUUUCCUAACAGAAGCGACGCAGGAAACCUAGCCACGCUGGGCUGAUCGGCUACACACAACCAGAAAAGCCAACUCCAGGGUCUCCAGUGCCAUUUUCAUCUUCCUGCUCCCCCCACCCCAAGCUGCACGCCUGCUGUUGUACCAUUUAGCUCAGUGGUAAAGCCUGGUGGUUUGCCGCCGAAUGUCAGAAGCAAGCCACUACACCACCUUGGUGGAAAAACGGUUCGAUUCAGUUUGUUCUCACGCUCUCAGUCUACCACAUCUCACAGGGAUGUUGCUGCGAGGAUAAAAUGGACUGGAGGAGACCUCUGUAAGCUUGCCUUGGCUUCCCUGUAAGAGGGGAAAAGGUGGGAUAUAAAUGCAGUGUAAUAAUAAGAGCCAAACGUUUCAUAGUUUAACUACAUUGUUUGUGAAGAAAUGCUUUCUCUUGCCUGCCCUGAAUCACCUACCAAGCAGCUUUUCUCUAAUGACCCUGGGGUCUAGUAUCCUGAGAGAAGGAAUCAUGCAAAAUUAUGCAUGGUGUGGAAAAAGUGGACAGAGAAAUAAAAAGGUCCGUGCAUAAUGUUAUACAACUCUAUCAUCUUCUCCCUCACACAUAGCCACAAUUUUUCUAAAAUACUAGAGGAGUUGGAGUAGAUUGGUAAGGUUUUCUGGCUUUCCAUAGUAACUAUAGUACAACACAUGCACGCGAGCACACACACACAAAGUUACUGGAAUUCAAAAUGCUUGGGGAGAAAGGAGAAAAGAAUUUGCAUGGGAUAUGAUUAUGAGUUUUGUUUCUGGAGUGAAAGCAGAUUCCAGGCUAAAGAUGGGCUCAUACCUGCAUCCUCAAUGCCAACUGUAAAUUUCCACUCCUGAGCCACUGUUUUGUUCCCCAUUCCAACCUGGAGGACUUCAGGGAUCCAACAAAUCAAUGAAGUAGACCUUGCAAGCCUGAAGUCUGCACUGAUGCGAAGUAAUAUCUGUAUUGUCACAUCCCGGUGAUAAAUUGUUUCCUUAUGUGAUCUUUCUCCUUGUAAGCCAGCUGGAAGAUGGCGCCUUCUUGCAAUUGGGCUAUUCCACUGCGUCUGUUAAAUCUGAUGCAUCUUCUUGUGGUUUCAUCACAGAAUUGAAAUCCAAGCAUUACAUGAAGAGUGUUUUCUUUCCUGCUUUUGUGCUACACACCUUUUAGGUGGCAUUGUGAUUUGGCAAAAUAGCUCAAGUGCUCAAAAGGAAAUCACACGUUCUUUCAUGGUCAGAAAUAACCAUUUUCCCUGUGCUUAAAAAUAAACCAUGGAUAGCACCGUUUACAAAUGGAAAUGAAAAUGGAGGGACAUGAUGUUGCCUAAGAACCUGAAAAUAAAAUAACCAUGAGCGGGAAGCAAAGAAUACACAUUAGGGGGCUUCCCUUGCCCCUCUCCUCUUUUUGGAAAAGAGGAGAUGUUCCUGUAAUUCAUCAAAGAAGGCUCUCAAAUCAGAAGCCUAAAUCUGGAACAACUGGUAGUAAUUGUUUAGGGGGUUCCACAUGACAGUGUCUUUCUGGAAAAGCACCUUUUUUGUAAUGUAUUAAUAGGAAUAGUGACACUUAUAUUCUCUUUACACUUGUCUGUGGGUAUGUGGAGCAACUCUCAGUGGGGUUACUAAGAGGGGAUCUAUAUUCAUUUAUCAAGAUACGCUUUCUAUUUAUAGUAAGCAUUUAUCUUUCAGGAUUGAUAGGUGACUAAAUGCAACAUCUAUUAUGGUAGCUGCCUUAGGGCUCAAUACUUAGUACACUUAGAUAGCAAAAGUCACACAGUUCUUUGAAUUCCUCUGCCAAAAAUGCGAUGAAGACUUUUUUUUAACCCACUCUCCAAUCUGUCAUCCCCAUUCCUCCAUGGUGUCCCCUGGGAUACCUACAUGAGGACUGAGGAAGUGUGAGAUGCCCCAAGCCCCUCCCUGAGCCUGACCAUUCAUUGAGCCCAACUCAGUGCAUCAAGUGUAAUUGUGGACAGUGAUAUGCAAGAAGUUUUGAGGAAACAGUUUAUUUCCUUUGCUGAGCUUGUAGUAGUAUGGUCAGAACUUGUGCCUCUCUUCCAAUGCAAAAAGCUAAAUAUCCAUCUAGAUCGGAUUUCAUCAUCUUUCAUUCAUAAAAAGGCAGAAUUUGUUAAGAAAAGAUUGGGUGACAAUCCACCAUUUCAUUUAAGUGUAGACCCAAGACUGCUGAUAAAAUUCUGACUCCAGAAAAGAACUAUUUAAAAGGCAGAGCUCUGGGCCAGCAAAAUACAUAAGAGAGCUUUUUGAGAGACCUGCAGAUACUUGCAAAAACACGGGAUAUUGAAUUGUGGAUUCUGUAUUCACCAUGGCUGAAGAUGUUGAGACGACCACUGAUUAUGACUAUGAGGGACUGUUGCCUGUAUGUGAUAAAAUGGAUCUUCAGAUGUCUGGAAGAGUCUUUCUGCCAAUACUUUAUGGCCUUGUGUUUACCAUUGGAUUAGUGGGAAAUUCUCUGGUGGUUUUUACCAUUUUGAAAAGUUGGCAUCAAAAGAGCAUCACUGACAUAUUUCUCCUGAACCUGGCCAUCUCCGAUCUUCUCUUUGUGGUUUCUCUUCCCUUUUGGGCUUCUUAUAUCAUACAUGGAUGGACACUUGGGAACCUUUCCUGCCAAAUAGUGGCCUCUUUCUAUUCAGUGGGCUUCUUUGGAGGCAUGCUUUUCAUCUCUGUCAUCAGUAUUGAUAGGUACCUAGCUAUUGUCUGUGCAACUUUUGUUAUGAAAACCAGAACAGCAAACCAUGCCUAUCCCAUUAGCGUUACAAUAUGGGUACUGGCAAUUUUAUUUGCAGCUCCCCAUUUUGCAUUCAUCCAAAAGUCAGAGAACAAAUGCACUUCUUUGUAUCCAGUACAACUUGAGGAAAUCUGGCCUCUUUUCAGCUACAUGGAAAUCAACAUCUUAGGGUUCCUUCUCCCACUCUGUAUCAUGAUUUUCUGUUACUUGAGGAUCAUUAAAACUUUAUACUCCUGCAAAACUAAUCGGAAAAAAAGAGCCAUCAGAUUGAUUUUAAUGGUGGUAAUCGUGUUUUUUCUGUUUUGGACCCCAUACCAUGUAUCACUUUUACUGCAAGUGUUACGUAUCUAUGGUGUUUUUAAUACUUGCAGCUCCUUAAGGCUACUAGAUUACAUGGUGCAUGUGACGGAGCCACUAGCUUUCAGCCACUGCUGCCUUAAUCCAAUCAUCUAUGCUUUUGCUGGAGAAAAAUUCAGAAAAUACCUGUAUCAGCUUGUCCUCAGGUGCCUGUCAUUCAUUUGUUUCUGUGUGCCUCGCAGCCAGCAUUGUGGGAGAGCUCCAGUUCCCAUUCCUGAGGCUGCAUUUACCAGCAACCAGACCCAAAAUACCAGUGACCCUGAUGGCUCUACCCUGCUCUGAUGGUUUACUGGUGGACAAAUUGGAAAGUAUUUGGAUACUGAGUACUGAGCAAUUACUUUGCCUACCCGUGACCAAACAUGUUGCUUUCUUCACUACCCUUGUCAAACCAGCAGUAUUUACACACUGCAUGUAUUCCUUUGCAUUGCAGUUAUUCAUUUUAGGGCUAGAAAUGUUGUAAUUCUUUUGCAUAUUCCUGAUAUUGCUAUUUGUGCCCAACCUUGCAUGUGUGGUUUUUGAACAAACAGGAAGCAGUGGUGUACUUAGCUAGUUUCCCACUGAUCCUUCUAUUAAUAUUUUACUGAAGUGGAGAAAGGACAUGGUCCCAGAACCUCUGGUUUGCAACAGCACAGAUGGAUGCAGGGAAGAGUAAAAAUAUUACCCUAGACUGCUGUAGCAUCAAGAACUCCAUUCUCUUUGUGUUUAGCUAUGUGUUUGACUCCAGUUUGCUAGGCUAGAGUAGCAUAUAGUGUCCAAACGACCUGUGAUUCAGUUAUUUCGAGGUGCUGCUGGGCCAAAGUCAGGUUGCACUGAAGGGAUUGUGGUCCUGUGGAAACUCUCACCCUCCUCUACAGCAAUGGGGAUCGCUGCUCCAACCAGCCUGUUAGAUCUUCCUUGAGCCAUCAGGAGUCUAAGCUUAAAAAGUGGAGGAGUGGGGCUAGAACCAGCCUUUUGGCUUUGUUUGUAUGAUUCAGUUUGCUUUUGAGCGUGCCAUUCUUUGGAUUCCAAACUUGGAUGCUAUUAGAAGAUGCUUAGAUAACAUAUAGGGCAGAUCAAGGCAAAUAUAUACUGUUUUUGCACAAAAUAUCUUUCCAAAAUUUUCUUUAAUUUCUGUAUGCCUUUUUAUCCCUCUUGCCUUGGCCAUGUUGUAAAUAAAUCUAAUUUCCACCACUA